CACCAAUUGACUAAUAAGUGACUUAUUACUGCCUUGUCAAUGUUCUCAUGACUGUAAAUGACUACUAAUUGGCAUCUGCCUAUGCUCCCACGUAGCUCGUCCUAUGUGCAAACUGUGUGGAAUGCCUGUCCUGCCCUCGCCCGGCCCUCCAAGCCUCUCACUCUCCCGAUCCACCGUGCAAACGGCGGUAGGCCUCAAAUUUGGACAGGCUCUCCGGCGACGUCGUGGCACGGCACGUCCUAAGGGCCGCUUGCACGUCCUCGCGCCUAAUCAGGGGCAGGGGGACAGCAGCCUCACUACUUCCGCCCUGGCUAGCCCUUCCAUCGCGGCCGCCUCCGUCCGGCCAUGGAGGCGAUUUAUGGGCAGCCAAGGCAUGCAGCGCCGCCCGCCGCAUCAAAUUCGCCAGGUCUGCCCCGGAAAAGCCCUCCGUCUGCUCUGCCAGCUCGGCAACCCCCAUGUCCUCCGCCCACCGCAUGCGCUCCCGCCACCUGUCCAAGAUGUCUGCCCGAUCCUGCUGGUCUGGCAACCCCACGUAGACGAGCCUGUCGAAGCGCCCGGGCCGCAGAAAGGCGGAGUCGAUGGCCUCAGGUGCGUUGGUCGCCGCCAGCACCGAGACAAAGCCGGCAGCCUCCUCGCCGACCUCCCCUUCCCGCCCGUGCUCCCGGCGCAGUGCGUCCAUCGAGAGGAGCAACUGGGACGCCAGACGACCCCCGC